UUUUUACUCUCUUUACAUGAUGGGAACUCUUGACCUUUAAGUUUUUUCUUUGUGACAGUAAGUGUUCAAAGGGACUCGAAACACUUCUCCUUCCAUUUGAGUUUUUGUGUGUGGUCCGAAUGAAAAAUAUCUCUGUUUGAUCUAGAGAUUAACCAGAAAUGUGUUUCGAAAGCAUUUUUAACUCUUCAUCUCUCAACUUCUUCAUGAAUUUCUCUGCUUAUCUAUCAAGUGAGAGCAAAUUAAUGUAAAUUUUAAGAGUAAGCUAUUGGAUCUAUAACUGAAGUUUGAUAUGUUAGAGGAUAAUAGAGAUGAUGAGUUCUUCUUCUCCAACACAACUUGCAUCUUUUAGAGACAUGGGAAUCUAUGAGCCAUUUCAACAAAUUGUCGGUUGGGGAAAUGUUUUCAAAUCUGAUAUCAAUGAUCAUAGUCCCAAUACUGCUACUUCCUCAAUUAUUCAGGUUGAUCCUAGAAUUGAUGAUCACAACAACCUCAAGAUGAAUUAUGAUUCUUCGCAUAACCAGAACGAAGCAGAACAACCUUCUAGUAAUGAUAAUCAAGAUGAUGAUGGCAGGAUUCAUGAUAAGAUGAAACGGCGUUUAGCACAGAACCGCGAAGCUGCUCGCAAAAGUCGUUUGAGAAAGAAGGCUUAUGUUCAGCAGUUAGAAGAAAGCCGGUUAAAGUUAUCGCAGUUAGAGCAAGAACUCGAAAAGGCUAAGCAGCAGGGAUUAUGCGUUCGCAACUCGUCAGAUUCUAGCUAUUUAGGACCAUCUGGGAGUAUUAACACAGGGAUUGCUUCAUUUGAGAUGGAAUAUUCACACUGGCUUCAAGAACAAAGCAGAAGAGUUAGCGAACUACGAACAGCGCUUCAAUCUCAUAUAAGCGACAUUGAACUCAAGAUGCUAGUAGAGAGUUGCUUGAACCAUUACGCGAAUCUGUUUCUAAUGAAAUCUGAUGCAGCGAAAGCAGAUGUUUUCUACUUGAUAUCGGGAAUGUGGCGAACUUCAACUGAAAGGUUCUUUCAAUGGAUUGGAGGAUUUCGUCCAUCCGAGCUUUUAAACGUUGUGAUGCCUUAUCUUCAACCAUUAACCGAUCAACAAGUCUUGGAAGUGCGAAACCUCCAACAAUCAUCACAACAAGCAGAGGAUGCUCUGUCUCAAGGGAUUGAUAAACUUCAACAGAGUUUAGCUGAAAGCAUUGUGAUUGAUGCGGUUAUCGAGUCUCACAUGGCUGCAGCAAUAGAGAAUCUUCAAGCAGUAGAGGGAUUUGUGAAUCAAGCAGAUCAUCUGAGGCAACAAACUUUGCAACAAAUGGCGAAGAUCUUGACGACAAGACAAUCAGCUCGAGGUCUACUUGCUUUGGGAGAGUAUCUUCACAGACUUCGUGCUCUUAGUUCUCUUUGGGCAGCUCGUCCAAGAGAACCCACUUAAAAGAGGAGUUGAUCAAAACUUAAAAAACAAGAAACAGCAGAAUCAAAGUCUUAAAGAAGCAUAGUCAUCACAAAGCUUGGAAAUGAUGUUUAAAAAGGAUCUUUAAGUAGAGUGAGAUUCUCUUGAUUAGAACUUUAUGGUUUUUUUUCAUUAUGAAGUAACUUUGUGAUAUAUUUAGAUACAACAAAACAAAUUAUGAUUGUAUGUUUGAAAUAUGAGCAAUAUGAUAAUAUGUGUAGUGAAUGUAAAAUAUAUGUAUUAUUCAGGGGCUAAUGUGAAAAGAAACUCAAUAAA